UUUUGCCAUUUUUUAACAGACACUGUUUGAGAACGUACGUUAGUUAUUACGGGAUACACUUUUUCCUGAAAUUUUUCGUCAAACGAAAUGGUAACAUGUCCUACAAUUUAUACUUGGCAAUUCGGCCAAUUCCAUCUGAUUCCGUGGCCUGAAACUGCUGUACAUUUUCUCAAAAUGUCGUCUCUUGCUGCAUGUACCGGCUGUACUUUUAGUCACAUGCUGAAAUUCUUCAGAACAGUAAAACCUGGUGAAGUCUGAGCUUCUUCAUUGCAGUCCAAUGUCCACAUGGAUUCAUUACGACCAGCUGGCGAAAGGUGUUCCUCCUGCAGGCUUGCUACCUGUACUGGUUGUAACUUUGGUGGUUUUGUCAUAUGCAGAAACCCUAAAGAACAAUUUAAAGUAAUGACGGACACAGGAUCGAUCCUUUCCUCAAUCCCCUCCACUACGACCUGGUCCUGUUGCCCGUGAUCAGAGGCGGCAACCCGCGCUUGUGCGGCCACGUUUACAUCGACGUCCAGCCGACCAGGACGACCAAUUUGAUCACGUUCCACACAGUCGAGCUAACCAUCAUCGACGUCAUCGUGCGGAUUGUCGGGAACGAAAUGGCCGCUUUCAAUCCGGCUAUCGACGACUGAUUUCUCCAGCUGGAGAAUCUCUGCUUCUCGGUCUUUUCGUUCAAACCUCCAAGGAAUUUCAGACGAUCCAGGAGGAGCCGGAGUGGCAGCAAAUGAGCAUCGUUCUCAAACAGGUUUUGCUCAAGGGUCACAAGUACCGGUUUGUAUUUCCUGGGCAAGGUUAGAGAGGAUUCCAGAGGAUUUCACAGAGCCAAUUACAAGAACGACGGCACUUCCUGCUGCCACCCGGAUUGGUUCGGUGGAAAGCAAAUGCAGGCGACCGAGGCCCGUCGAGUUCUUUCGUGCCUGGACGAGCCGGGAUUUAAAACGACAUUUGACGUGGUUGUCGGUCACAGCAACGCCAUGACGGCCCUGUCCAACAUGCCCGAAAUUUCCAGCCGUGCCAUGGCAACCACGCGCGAUUGGAUGUGGACGUCAUUUUCACGGUCGCCGCCCAUGCCCACCUAUUUAUUGGCCAUGUUCGUGACGGACUAUGAGAGUUUGGAGACGAUUUAUAAGUUGGAAGGCGACCGGUCCGUCAAGUUGCGCUUCUGGGGACGGCCGGACCAGCUUCCUUAUCUCAAGGAAUCCAUGGCGGUCGCCGGCGACCUGCUCAACUAUUUGGUGAAAUACGUCCGUCAGUCGUUCACUUUACCCAAAAUUGAUUUCAUUACCUCGCCAAUUCAACUCCAUUUUGAGGCCAUGGAGAACUGGGGUCUCAUCCUCUUUCGGGAAAUCCGACUUUAUCACAACAAGGAAACUGACAGCGAGGACGACCGUUUUACUCUUAACGGCGCACGAGUUGGCGCAUCAGUUUUUCGUCAAUUCCAGAGUGUCAACAGUCAAAAUUUCAUGGAGAUUUUGAACGAGCAACUGCAUCAGGACCACGAAUUUGGCCGGACGGUGAACGUCACGAAGAUCAUGAACUCUUGGACCCAUCAGCCGAAUGCCGUUUCCGUUACUCCGAAGCAAUUCAUCACAGGCCAAUUUGCCUUGUGGUGGAUCCCCAUCGCCAUGACGGAUGGCAGACGGCCAGAUUUCAACCAAGAAGGGACAUAUCCGAGAGUGUGGCUCACGCCCGAACGUCCGACUUUGGAGAUUCCUUAUUUCCCUCAGAUUUUCGUCAACGGCCAAUUCGCCAGCUACGGUCGAGUGUUGUACGGCAAAGCCAAUUGGCGACUGAUCUACAAUCAGCUGGUGCUCAAUCACACCGUCAUCCUGAAAGUGACUCGGGCUCAGUUGAUUGACGACGCUUUCACGCUUGCCCUGGUCGGAUAUUUGGACUAUCAAGUGGUUGUUGAACUCAUCGAGUAUCUGACUUUGGUCAACGACGAGUUCGUCCAGUCUACCAGUUUAUUCCACUUGAAAUUGAUCCAGGAACGGUCGAGACACAACGAAUCGCUUUAUAAUCUGUUCAAAGAAUACACCAAUAGGUUCAAGUUCGAGAAAACGGACCAUGGAGAGCCGGGCGACCACGGCGACUGGAUCCGAUUUGGUGAUCCGCUGGAUGGAGUCGGCUGCCUGAACUGGAGUGACGACGGUGUGUGUGUCGAUCAGGUCAUGCGCCUCUUUCACGCUCAAAUGGACGGCUCAAUCACCCCCGAAGAGAAAAAGGCAAUGACGGAAAAUUUGGAGCGCAAUUGGUGUGCGGUGAUUCGCUACGAUGGUAAGGAAGAAUGGAACUGGGCGUGGCGAGCUAGUCUCUGUGACAUGUGGUCGUCACAGCGAACAAAGAUCUUAUCGGCCAUGAGUUGCAGUCAAGAUCGUGAUCGUUUGAAACAGCUUCUUUCGCGCGUGUUUUCGUCGACCAUCGAACAGGACCCGCACGGCACGUUCGCCACCAUUGAGAAGAUGACGGAAAAUCACGUCGCUCGUUCCAUGGUCUUCAACUUUUUGGCGACCAACUGGGAGAUCCUAGGGCGACAGGAACACAUUUAAUUUUAGACUUUUAAUACGUCGAGUUUUUUUAAAACAUUUUGAUUUGCGUGGACUUUUAGUUUUAGUUUUAGAAGCUCUGGCGAUAAUUUGAAGCUGCUGACCUCCGCCGCCAAAUUUCUGAGUACACCAGACGAAUUGAAAGAGAUGUCUCGGAUUUUGUCCGACCUGGAAAAUAAAGACAAGAAACUCAAUCGCGCUUUCACGAACGGGAUUCUGGAGGGUAUCCGCAACAAUAUUCGCUGGCCUGAGAAGUAGUUGGAACAUCUCUAUUUGGUUAUCGAAUCUCGGAUAAUGACAGGUCGUACGACAAAUUCACUCGCCAAGAAUAAUUCCAUUCCCUAAGCAGGCUAAGCUGUUUUGCUGCUUGUCCUGAUUUCUCCAUCUUUUUUUUAUUUUCAUAGUUUUUACCGUUUGUUGAAUAAAUAUGGAAAUAUUCGGAACUACUUUGCAUUUUUAAUUGAUUAUAAUCGUACCAUAUAUAAAGACUGUGUUUAUGUAUCUUUGAAUUCGUGUAAA